AUGCACACGUCGCUCCCCGAGCCCCCUCUGUCGCCUCGAAACCAAACGGCCCAGCUCGGGGACCGGGAGGCGGAAGGCACGUCGAGUCGCCCGGAGCUCGAACGAUCGCCCGCGAACCCGACGAACGCCUUGCAAGCCCAGUUGCGUCUCUUCAAUCAACGCCUCAAUGAAGUGCAACAAGAGAUUCGCAGGUCGAAAGGGGAGCCCGGAGCAGAUGGAUACCAAGGGUCCCCGUUCGUACCUGAAAUACAAGAUCAAGCCAUCCCACCACACUUUCGACUCCCAUCCCUAGACGCCUAUGACGGCGCCGCUGACCCCGCGGAUCACGUAGCCACGUUUCGCGCCCAAAUGGCGCUAUAUGGGAUUUCCGACGCCUUGAUGUGCAGGGCAUUCCCAACGACUUUGAGGGGGCUGGCCCGCGCAUGGUACGGCGGCCUCAAGGCCGGGACCAUCUCUUCCUUUGACCAGCUCGCUCGGGACUUUGAGCUCAACUUCCUCGCCUACGCCCGCCCAAAGCCGUCCGUGGCAUUGCUCCUCGGUCUCACCCAAAGGGAGGAUGAGCCCCUCUCCCACUUCUUGAACCAUUUUACGACGCAAAUCCGAGGGCUCUCGGACGCUCACCCUUCUCUAUUGAUGCAGGCUUUCAUGAUAGGCUUGCGGCCCUCCAGGUUCUUUUGGUCCUUAGUAGAGCGACCCCCCACGACGGUACCCGAGAUGCUCCAACGUGCGAGCCAAUUCGUCGCCGCGGAGGCAUGGAUGGCCGGGAGACCCGGGGGACACAAAGGGACCAAGCCAGAGCCGCCCCGGCAACAACAACCUGCGGCAUCUCGGCAUAGGUUGGACCGAUCUGACCCGCUGACUUCGAGGCCCCCUCUCCCGGCCUUGAACUCGUCCUGA